AGGCACUAAAGAAAACGCUCCUCUCUCUUUAAACAGAAAACAGGAAGUGACUAGAAGUCAGCCCAUGAAGCUGCUCUCGAUAGUGAGUAAGGAAGACAGUUGAGGUGUGUAUGUAUGCACAUAUUCACUGAGAAUUCACAGGUGUAUAAAUAACUUGACUACUUGGAACUAAAAGUACAGAAUCUGGCUGAACAGAUACAAGUGAAUGUGAAAACGAAAGUAAGUUGGCUGUCUGAAUUCCCACAAGAAAAGAACAGGAAGAAACAGCCAAGUGCAGGAGAAAACGUCAGAAUGGCUGCUAAUGUAUCACAGUCUGAAGUGGAUUGCACCUGCCCCGUCUGCUGUGAUUAAUUUAAGGAUCCAGUUGUCUUGUUGUGCGGUCACAGCUUCUGUCAGUACUGUCUUCAGGAGUGGUGGAGACAAAGCAGACUCCAGACAUGCCCAGUCUGCAAGGAAAUUUUCCCAAUGGAUCAGCCUCCACGUAACCUGGCACUAAAAAAUCUGUCUGACACCUUGAGACAAGAGAAGAGUCAAACAGCGACGUCAGGAUCUGAGGACGUUUGCAGUCUGCACAAUGAGAAACUCAAGCUCUUCUGUCAGGAUGACGAACAGCUCAUUUGUGUAAUUUGUAGGGAUUCACGAAAACAUAAGAAACACAACUGCAUCCCGAUCAAUGAAGCAGCAGAAGACCAUAGGAAAAAACUGACUGUUGGACUGAUGCACCUGAAAGGAAAACUGCAGUCAUUUCAAGCAGAAAAACUCAACUGUGAUAAAAUGGCCAGCCACAUCAAGGUAAGUAACAAACAGAGGUUGUCAGUAACAUAUGUCUGCUUUCAUCAAAAAGGUGUUUCUCCUCAGCUCCAGGCUCAGGGGACAGAGAGGACAAUCAAAGAAGAGUUUCAAAAGCUUUACCAGUUCCUGAGAGCAGAGGAGGCAGCCAGGAUAGAUGCAGUGAGGAAGGAGGCGACGCUUAAGAGUGAGGCAAUGAGCAUCAGGACUGCUAAUCUGAAUGCAGAGAUCUACUCACUCUCAGCCAAAAUCAAAACCAUUGAGGGGAAAAUGAGAGCUGAAGAUGUCUCUUUUAUAAUGAAUGUCAAAACCACCAUGGAGCUAUCACAGUGCAACCUGCCAGAUCCAGAGACACCAUCAGGAGCCCUGAUUGAUGAGAGCAAACAUCUAGGGAACCUGCUAUUCACAGUCUGGAAAAAGAUGAAGCAUAUGAUCGAAUAUACUCCUGUAAUUCUGGACCCCAACACUGGCGACUCGUCUCUGAUCGUAUCAGAACAUUUGACCCGUUCAACAAUAAGUGACAAGAGUCAGCCACUCCCUGGAAACCCUGAAAGACGGCGUUGCUCAGAUGUUCUUGGAUCUGAAAUCUUUAGCUCUGGGAAACACAGCUGGGAUGUGGAGGUAGGGGGUUAUUGGGCUGUUGGUGUGGCGACGAGAACCAUGAAUUCAACUUUUGAAAAGAUCUGGGGAAUCUACAUGUGUGUUUGCACAGACAUUUUACGUGAACUUACUCCAGAGGACUAUGUGGAAGUUGUAUCUGAAAAUUUGUUUCCGCAAAAAGUCAGAGUGGUGCUAGAUUAUGAACGAGGAAUACUGUCCUUUUUUGACCUUGACAGAAAAGCACCUGUAUACACCAUCAAACGCACUUUCACAGAGCCAGUUUGUCCAUAUUUUCGUGAGAAUGCAAAAAUCCUUCCAUCUAAAUUGUCAGUGACAACUGACUAGUCUAAUGAAAUACACUGUUGAGUUGCAUUAUGGGAAAUGAAGGAACCAGUGUCUCUGAUGUUUGAUUGGGGACCCAAAGUCAGAAUAUCUCAGCGUCUGCUGCUUCAAUUUUGGCCAUAGAUAACAUCACAUAAUUCACGUGUUUGUAGAGAUAUGGCUAAUUUCGGAAUCUGUUUGAGUCUUAAAUAAUUUGUGCUUUAAAUGUAUAGUAUGUUCAAAAUGAACUGUUAUGAUCUUAUUUCACGCAUUGGUUCUUUUAAGGCCAAUGAUGUGAACUUUAAGAUCAUGUAAAUAUUUAGUGAUCAAACUUUUGGGCUUAAUCAACGAAAAUGACUUUAACCUGAGAUUAACCUUAAAAAAAAAAAAAAAAAAAUAUAUAUAUAUAUAUAUACGUAAGCUAAAAAGCUAAAAACGUACAAAUAAAUCUGCAGCUCUGAACCACUUUGAUUGUCUUCAUUGGGAAUCUCCAGUAUUCCCAAAACUUUCCUGUGUGUUUGACAUGUCUGCCUGUAUGCACACAUAGCACAAGGGUGAAUCAUUAUGAGGCAAUGCCUAGUGUCUCUAGUGUAUGGCCAUCUCUCUCUCUCUCUCUUUCUCUCUUUCUCUCUCUCUCUCUCUCUCUCGCUCUCUCUCUCUGCUCACCGCUGACACGCUCACACACAUGAGCCCGAAUCUCCACACUGAUACUGAGUCUCAGUGGUAUUACAGCUGGAAUGCCUGCUAUGUUUAUUCAACUAAUGAAACAAUGAAGGAAAACAAACAGAGGGGCCAAAUUAAAAGAGAAAAAGGAUUGAGAGAAGAAAACACUCUGAGGGAGAAGAGGAAAUAGAAGGAGCAUGCAGGCGUCUCUCAUUCUAUUUGUAUUCCUCUGCAUGUUUUACAUGACGAGUGUUUCUCAGUCCAGUUUUCUCAGGGCUAAUGAAGGUUGGAGAUCAGGGGUUGACUGACACAACAUCUGCUCAAAUGCAGUCUUGAGGGUACCCCCCCACUGCCCCAUCCCAUUUAAGAUUACCCAAGAUAAAGCUGGAGGGGAAAGUGUCGGUUUGAGUGAUCACUCUACCAUUAAUUUAAUUAGACAUAGUGUAUUUAUCAGGUUUGACCUUAAGAAUUUGACAGAUUUUUUCAUACUUUUGCCCAACAUUUAAUUAAAGAAUCUGUUUGACUUUAAUUUGUCAUUUAUAACGAAAUCUUUGAAGAGUUCAUAGUUAUCAUGUUAAAAUUGAUCCAAAAGUGAGCAAACUUUAGUGCAGCUGAGCAAUAAUCUGGCAGGUUUCACAAUUUGGAAUAAAAACCUUCUUUGCUUUUUUAUUUUUUACUUCUCACUCUGCAGACCAUCAUUCUUGCUGUAUAAACCAUUGCUUUAGCUCAAAGGAAUGACUGCAAACCAGUGUAUCCAACCCUCUUUUUUCUUUCUCAAAAUCCCCUUUUGAAUGAUCAAUCACUCGAUGUUGACCAGAGAGCACCAAGCAGCCACUGAGGUGAAUACGUCAGAUGUUAUUUUACUGAAAGUGCCAUUUUUCUACUAAUCAGAUGAAAUAAACACAUUAUUUC